AAAUAUUUUCAACAGCCCUACUGCUCACCGGUCACACUCUUUUUCGAGUCAAAACGCAACGGACGUGUCGCUUCGUGAACGGAUGAAUCGUACAGUGCGACCUUAUAUACAGCUAUAUAUGCCUAUGUACCAGCCGCGCGCCUGCAAGUGUUAGUGCGGUAAAUUCGAAAAAAAAAAACAACUGAAAAAAAUACACAGCGCACAUCGCCGGCAUAAUAAGUGUGGCGAGUAGUAGGAAUACGGAGUUGGAAAAUUCAAGAUUAGUGUGGAAGGAAACUGACGCGCUAAGUUUAUUUCGGCGCCGUGUCUCUUGUCUCUCUUCCCUGUUUCUGUUCGCGAUUGUGUGUGCGUUGGUGUGUGUGUGUGUGCGUGUGUGAUUGUGCAUGUGUAUGUAUGUGAGAGGGCAAACAAUUUGCCGCUAAAUACAAAAAGCAGCUGAAAAGCAAAGACCAGCUGACACAUCAGCGAUCGAAUUUGCCUGCUAGUUGGCUGGUUAGCUGGUGUGCGUAUUGAGCAAAAAAAAAUUGCUAUUAAUAAAUCGCCAAUGUUUGUGUAGCAGCACAGUCCCCCCAGCCCCUAGCCUGCAGUCCGCAAUUUGCAAUUCUCAGCUAGAAGCCAGAAGUCAGUAAACAACCACAACAACAACAACAAAGCGCACGUGGUUGGUUGAGAAGACAAGAUUUGGCCACGAUAAUAAUAGCCAAAUACAUAAACACGAUAAAACAUGUCCGCCGCACCGGUUACCGCCAUCAAAACGGAGGAAGUUAUUCUAGAAAACGCCGAAUACAACAGCGCCGAGGAAUUGGAUGAGGAGUUGCAAUUACAGCUAGAAGAUUCCGGAGGAGAGAACACCUACCACAUCGAGUACACCACCGAGCCGGCCCAUCAGAUCUCCAGCUCGCAGCGCCGCCAGUCCAGUAUGAGCGGCACCAACACCUCCAAGGGCGGAGGAGGAGGCGGUGGCGGUGGUGGAGGAGGGGGCGGGGUCAGUGACGGUGACUCCUCUGGCAAGCCCCUGGUCGAUAGCGAGAAGAGGAUGCGUCGGGAGAUCGCCAACAGCAACGAGCGUCGUCGCAUGCAGAGCAUAAAUGCCGGCUUCCAGAGCUUACGAUCCCUGCUCCCGAGGCACGAGGGCGAGAAGUUGAGCAAGGCUGCCAUCCUGCAACAGACCUUCCAGUACAUCGUGGAGCUGGAGAACCAGAAGACCCAGCUACUGACCCAGAACAGCGAGCUGAAGCGCCAGGUGGGAGAGCACGAAGCCGGCGGUGGAUCCGGCGAGGGUGGUGGCAACUCCGGCGGCAACUACAACGACUCGAAUGGGAACGGAGGCGGCGGCAAUGCGACGGCGGUGGCCAUCAAGAAGCGCAAACUGACCGACAACGUCAUCAACAUCCAGGCGAUUAGCGACAGUUCCGACGAGGGCCUUGGCUCCAUGUCCCCGGAACCGAUGACCCUCCUGACGGCCGGCGGAGCAGCGGCCACCAAGCUGAGCAGCGCCAGCAUUCUGGCGGCCAAGGAACUGAUCGAAAUGAAGAAACAGCUGGAGAAGGAGCGCAGCCUCCGGCGGCUGCUCGAGGACGAGUUGCAGAUGAUCAAGCGGCAGUUAUAUAGCGUCGCUACCGCACCGCCUGGAACGGCUGUGGCAGCGGCUGGUGGCGGCAACAGCGGCGGCUACAUUCCACGCGAAGUCAUCGAACACACCGACAACUUUGUGCGCAACGAGGACUUGGAGGAGCUGGGCGGCACCGUCUCCUAUGUGGAGAUCGAUGAGAUGACCGGACAACAGCAGGUGGUGGUGUGCUCCAGCAUUGAGGAACUGGAAGCGGACGCAGCUGCGGAAAUCAUAACCGAGGAUCAGGUGCACGAGGAGGUUAUAUUGUCGUCGAACAGCUCGACGGAGUCCGAGAACGAGGUGAACGUUAACGCCAUUGCCAAAGUAUAUGCCGAGGGAUCGGCCGCCAUGCUGCAGCCCAUCCUGCAGGCGGCCAUCAAGGCCACGCCAAAGGUGGAGGUGGAGCGCAUUCACGAGAAGAUCGUCAAGGUGAAGGCGGAGAAGCACGACCAACACGGUCAGGCGGCACAGGCCACCACCCACUAUCCGCAUCCGCAUCGCCAGAAUCUGGAGACUAUUGUUCAGGCCAUUCGCCAUUUGGAGGGGGAUCAUCUCUUCGCCGACGGCAGUGGCGGCAAUGCAUCCGAGAUAAAGUUCGGCCAUGGCGGCCAGCAGCACCAUCAGGUGACCGUGGCCAGUGCCGGACAUCAUCACCAACAACAGCAGCAGCACCAUCGCCUGGCGCAAGAUGCCCCCCUAGCGCUGACCACCACCGGCAAACAGAACGUGGCGCUGGCGGAGCUUAGACCCUUCCUCCAUCUCAAGAGCAGCGGCAACAAGCAGGUGAUCAUUACGGCCAAGACGGCGAAGGAUGGCGGCGGUCUAGGGACCUCCAGUAGCAGCACAACCGUAACUCCCACAGCGAUCUUCAAGGUGCAGAGCGGUUCGGCUGGGCAUGCGGCGGCGACAUCGGGCACCAUCAUCACCGGGACAAGUGCGAACGGAGCUCCCCAGCAGGUGACCAUCACCACAUCCCUCAAGCAGUGCCGGCCGGGCGUCAUAGUGGCCAAGCAGCUGCCGUCAUCCUGAUUCAAUGGCCCCAAGCUAUCGGGAGCAGGAGUAGGAGCUGGAUCGGGUCGUGGUGGGAUGGGAGCUGGUACUGGAGCAAGAGCUAGUAUUAAGGCCGCUCGCCAGUCACCAACAGCAACAGCAACAACAACAACAACCGCUAGAAAGGCAGCAGCAACUCACCAACAACAAUUUACUAAGCAAAGUCCAUUUGCGGCCUCCAGGCAACGUAACAGUAACAGUAACAGUAACAGUAGCGGCAACAGUAACAGUAGCAGUAACAUUAAACAUAAUGUAAGCACUAACAGUAACAGUAGGAGCCACAGUGGCAGCCACAGAAAUGUUAAAGAGACUGUUACCAAACAGAGGCAAAGGCAAAAAAAUGUAAAUUAGAAAAAAAACAGAACAAGAAUAUAAAAAAAAAAAACGAAAAAAAAAAAAAAUAUAUAUAUAUAAGAAGUAUAUAGCAAGCAGACCUAAAAAGAGAAUAUUUUGUAAUUUUUGAAGAUUUAAUUUAAAAAGAAAAGAGAAACCUAUUUCCAAGCUUCAAACGCCAACUACAAAGAACUACAACCAAUCACAACACAUAGCCACUGUAAUUAAAUGCAAACGAAAAAAUACACUUAACAUUUGUUCAUUUAUUUGUUAAGAAAUUAGAAUUAAUAGUAAGAGGAGAGAAACUGAGCAAUUGAUUACGACAAGCAACAGCAAAAGAAAUAUAUAUUUAUGAAUUCGAUGCUUCAUAACGAAAAAUACAAAAACUUGUAAAUCGAAAAUCAUUAUAUUAUCAUAUUUACCUAUUUGAAUUUUUUUAAUUUUUUGAAAUACUGGUAUUUUUGGUUUAAUAUUUGUUAGAAAAUUAUAGAUAUUUUGAGAUAGUUGAGUAUUUUUUGGUAGGAGGCGUCGAAAUACAAGAGAAUAACGAAUCGAAACCGAAACAACAAAACAGAGUACAAAAGAACAGAAAAACAAAACAAAAAAUAGACAUACAAUUUAUGAUUUUUCCCCUUUUAUUUGAUUUAUCUCAUGUGUAAUGCUAGAAGCCCAUUAAUAAGCACAGACUUACACGCAUGCCAGUUGCAAGAUGAUGUUGGUAGUUGCGGAAAUCGUGGAAGGCCAGGAUUAAGCGAUUCCUUCAAAAUAAGAAAUAAAUAAAAUAUAUAAAAAAAAAAGAAACAGAAAGAAAGAAAAAAAAAAAGAAAAAUACCAUGCUCGUGGCCAGCAUGUGUUGAACUCUAUAAAAACCAUCGCAUUAAUUUUUACCUUUUUUUUAAAUUAUUAUUUUUGUAUUUUUAAUUUUUACGUUUCUAGGCGUAUAUAUAUACAUAUACCUAUAUAUAUAUAUUCAUAUACUUUGAAUGGAACUUAUUGAGUUUUUGUUGAUAUAUUUGUGUAAAAAUUUAUAAGUCUAAUUAUGUAAGCGAGCGAAAGAAGUAGCGAGUGCAGUGCGUGGGUGGUAAAAAAAAAAAUUAAAUUCAAAUUAAAAUAAAAUUACAAAAAAAAAACAAUACUUUGAAAGAAAACGUAAAAAAAACCAACAAAUAAUUAAAACAAUCUAAAGGAAAAGAAACAAAAAAAAAAAACGCUAACGAAAAGAGAGAACUAAAAAAAUUGAAAAUCGUUUAUUAUAUAAACUACUAUACAAAUAUAUAUAUAUAUGAAUAUAAAUUAUAUACAAAUUAUGCAUACCUACCAUAACAUACAUAUAUAAAUAAUACAUGCAGAGUACAUACACACAUAAGUAACGGAACAUUACAUAAUAUUACUACUAAACUAAAAUAAACAAAUACUUUGCAUACAUAUUUAAUAUGCUUUAGUACAUAAGUACGACAAGUUCAGAGAGUUAAACUAAGAACUCCCCUCUCCUACCCCAAUAUUCCUAUCUCCUGUAAUCCUUUAAACCAACCAUCCCCGCCCCCGCCCCUUUGCGUAUA